AUGGCAGCGCCGUCUGUCGCCGCACAGGCCAAGCCCGCCUUGACGCUAGACGUCAAUCUCGGCUCCUCCGGUCUUGGCUCCAUCGGCGGUUCGGGCACGAGCACCACUCCACGCUCGCACCAGAACGCGGUCAACAACAAGAUCAACAACCAAAUACACGCCUCCACCUUCGGGCCGCAGUCUGACUACAACCCCAACCACGACCAAGCAUACGCUCACGAUGACUUCGAACACCAGCCCGACAACGGCGGCUUCAGCAGCGACGAAGACGGUCAAGACCUUUACGCAGCCGCAACCAGCAGACUCAAGGCUGGCAGCUCCAGCUCCGGCGCUCUUGCCACACGAGACGAUUCCCACUCACCAGCACACGCCAGGCUUCGACAACAAGAUCCCAACGCCAUGACAGACGCCUCCAACCACAGUCAGCGCGACAGUGUCGACGCUUACGGUCACGACGAGUAUGCACAGGAUCAGCACUAUCACCACCACCAGAUGGCCGACGGCAUACACGACGAAAUGGUCUACGACGACGACGACGACGACGACGCCGACGAGAUCGAAGACGAUGAAUCCGACCUCAGUUCUAGCCCUUCCAUCCCAGACGAAAACAUCGACUUUGACCUCGUAUACGCCUUGCACAACUUUGUCGCCACCGUCGAGGGUCAGGCCACCGUCCACAAGGGCAACAGCCUCACAUUGCUCGACGACAGCAACAGCUAUUGGUGGCUCGUGCGUGUCCUCCGCACCCAAGAGGUCGGCUACAUCCCCGCCGAGAACAUCGAGACUCCCUUCGAGCGUCUCGCGCGUCUCAACAAGCACAGGAACGUCGACCUCACCUCGGCUACCGACGACGACCACAUACAAGUCCCCGAAAGGAUCUUCACCAGCCAUCUCGUCAAGGCGAGAAACGCUACUGGCACCGCCGGUGUCUCGAUGCAUUCGGGCAAGCUUUCCGCACUCUCACGCCGGGCACAGGGUGCUCCAGCACCUCUGAGUAACCAGCAGAAGCGAACCAAGCGAGGCGUCGUCUUUGGCCCUUCCACCUAUCUCGAACACAGCGGCGACGAGUACUCCGACUACGACGAAGAGGGCGAAGAGCACGACUUGGAGUAUGAGGAGGAUCCCGAUGCCGAAUACGACGACGACGAAGACGAGCACGAUCAAGAGCAAGCAGAGUACGAUGACAGCGACGACCAGCGCAGGGAUGCUCAGGCUCGUCACCAUGAGAACAUCGGCUUCAAUAAGAUGGAACCCGACGAUGGCAUGGAGUGGGACGCACAGGAGGCAGAGCGCGUUCAACAGCGACAGCAAGACGCUUUGCUUUCCAGAGGUCCACAGGACCAGCAAACCAGAUCCAUCCAGCAGCAAGCAGCUGAGGCCCAACAGCAGAUCAUGUCGCACCCUUACGCGCAACAGUACGCAAGGGCACCUGCCGGUCCACCGCAAACGUCCGCCGACCAAGCCCAACGUGGAAAUGGCGCUCCAUAUCAGCAACCAGCUCCGCAGGCUUCCGGGCUGCAACAAUUUGUUUCUCAGAACCAGAACAGCGCUGAUUCGCCCAUGUACGCAAACGGUCGGUCCUCGACGUCUUCACAGCAGCUCUCGGCUGCCGGCCCAAACUAUGGCUCACUGGCACCUGGUCGCGUUCCGGGCGAGCACAUGCGCACCACUUCGGCAGAGCGUUCCAUCUCCAGCGUCACUUCGAACGGCUCGGUCAUCUAUGACUCCACUGGCCGACCCACUUCGAUCGCCAUGAAUCGCACAAGCAGCUCCGGCAGCGGAGGCCUUCCCACGUCGGCCGCUAUGAAUAGGAACAGCAGUUCCAGCAGCAGCGGCGGCUUCCUUCCAUCGCAGAUUCAGCGCGAGCGUGCCAGUUCCGACGCCAGCGCCAACUCAACCAUCAUUGCCGCCGACGCUUCCUCCUUGUCAGACAAGGACAGGCGCAAGAGUAGUCGUACCAGCAAGGGCAACGACAGCUACGACACGAGCGACGACAAGGCGGGAAAGAAACGCUCCGGCGUUUUCAGCCUCUUCUCAAGAAAAGACAAGAAGGAUCGCAAGAGUGGCAACUUUGACGACAAGGAACCCAAUUUGGGCAUCAGCUCCGAGGACGCCUUUGUCAGUGCCAAUGCACGUGGCCAUAGCAGCCCGGCUGCCAGUGUGUCUUCUUUCAAUCCUAUCGUACAGGCCGCCAACGCGGGUCUUCAGCCCGGUCAGAGCAUUGGCAUGGGCCGCGCAGUUCAGGAGCGCGACCGAGCCACCCAGGAGGCGUACGUCAGACAGUUCCUAUCCCCACAAAACAGCAGCGUCGACUCGUCUCAUGCGCCCAAUUCGGCUGGUCUCGAGGACAAGAAACGCAUGCCACAGCGUCCCGGUUCGCUGAUCGGUCCAUCGGGAUCGACGCCCAUGCUCAGCGUGCUUCGCGUGUUUGCAGGCGACGGUGUCGAUUCGGACUCGACCUUCAAGACGGUGCUGCUCAACGAUAGCACUCGCUCGAUCGAUCUACAACGUCAAGCGUUGCAGCGCUUCGGCGUCGAUCUGCACGACGCGGACCAGUACGUCUUGACCAUAAAGCGCCUCGAAGGUGAUGAGCGACCGUUGGACGAGGACGAACACCCUCUCGAGCUCUUCAACACGCUCACCGAAAUACUCCAGCAAGGCCAGGUCACUGUGCCCAGCGUCAAGCGAUCCAGCGUCGGCUCCAUCUCGUCCAUCAACUCGAACCUCAGCACGCAUCCCGCCAUCGCCCGACUCGGCAACGACUUUAGCGACGACCACGCCGUCAAGUUCUACAUCAGCAGACGCGAUCGACUCCAAGGCUAUGUCGAUCUCAGCGGCAAUCACACGGCAGACGUCUCGAAUCGGUCCGCCAACGUGUCCGACCUCUCCGUGUCGCAGGACAACAGCAAUCCGACAUCGUUGAGCCUGGUCGGUGACGAGAACGCUCCUAGCAGCCACUCUUCCCUGCUCACCGGAGAGACGAGCGAAACAGUGCAGAGCGCCACUGCUCGCUUCGCCCUGCGGCUCAUCAUCUACUCUUCGGAUCUGCCGGAAGGGAUCGUAUUUGACCCGCAGUCGAAUGCGCUCAUUCCUGCCGCGACUCUUCGACAGCGAAUGGCCGGUCGUCCGGAUGCUCUGGCGGAGUCGGCGUCCCAGAAUCGCUUCCGCGAAAAGAUCCUCACCUUUCCACGAAACACAACGGUGGCCGAGGUGGUCGAAGAGGGUCUCGAUCGCUUCGGUAUCGCGGAAGGCGUCGUCGAGGGCGGUGACGACGUCGAGGAUCGUCCCUCGAGACGCAAGAGCAGGCUCCACGUCAAGUACGGCCUUGCCGUGCAGGCCGCCGAUGGUGAGCGCGCGUUGGCGCCGACCAGCAAGGUGCUGGAGGCGUACCCAUCGCCGCCUUCCUUCAAGCUGGGAAUCGGCAAUCGCAGAUCCACGGACGGCAAGCGUCGCAGCAUCGAUGCAGCCGCCUUGCUGGGCGCCUCGGACGACGUCGGUGCGCACGAUCCUGUCUUUGUCCUUCGUCAGAUCACGCACGCUCACUCGGGACCCAGGCCAAAACAGAUGGCCAACACGGUGGGCGCAAGAGCGCACAGCCCAACCGACAAUGUGCUUGCCGCAGUACAAGAGACGCGUCAGACGCAGCCGCUCGCAAGCCCUCGACUUGGCGGGUCCAGAGACGCUACGCAAGCCAAUCAAGCCAAGCCGAACCAGGGCAAAACGCCUCAGGAGAUCAUCGCAGCUCAACGCGCAGCAGCAGCCGAGCGCAACGCCGCAGUGCUGGGGGCACAGCGCAACGCGCAACAAGGUGUCGAUGUCGUCUUGACCAAUCAAGCUCGCAUUCGGUCUUCGAAAUUGGGCUCUUCGAACAAGUUCCGAUACUCUUACGUCCCCGUCGACGGACAAGAACGAGAUAUCAGUUCGAUCAUUGAGGAAGUCAUGAAGGAUCAAAUGCAGUCGUCGCACGACACUCGCGCGACCUCUUCUGCCGACACGGGUCUCAGUCCCAGAGACGCCGAACGACCGCCGUACGGUACCAGGAGGAUGCAAAGCGAUCUCACGACCGAUGACUAUGCUUCCGCCCGAAGUUCUUCCGGUGCCAACAGCCCGCUCAGCUUGGACGAGGUCAACUUCGAGGUGCGGUCUCCGGACGAGAUCGAAGGAGGUGUAGCUCCGCUCGCCCUUGGGAAGCAACGUAAGCAGGCGGGCGCACCGGGUGUACAGGGAGACUUGCUGGAUACGCUGUUGCGAGCGAGUCCGCAGUCGGAUGCCAAGGUCGAGGAAAAGAUCAAUGCUGUCCUCGAUCGUGUACAGACGCCGACCAUGUCUUCGACUGCUGUUCCGUCCAGAGAGUUGACGCCCAAUGGCGUGCGCUCGAACUCGGCAGCUGAUGCCGCGUCGACUAGCAGAGCAGGGGCGGUCGGAGCAGGAGUGGCAGCGGCGGUGGUGGCUGGAGCAGUAGGAGCGGGAGCAGCGGCAACGGUGGUGGCGGGAAUGGCGACGGCAGGUGCGACAGCAGCGGUGGCCCACAACAAGCAACACUCUGUCGGAUCCGAAUUUUCCAACUCUCGCGAUACAUCUAGCCCCCUCACCAUCGGAACGAGCUCCGCCGCCACCCAUGCGACCAAUACCACGGGCACGAUGCUCACUCCGCUCUCGAACUUUGUUCCGAAUCGUCAGCCGACUGGUCUACGAUCCGCCUCGGCGCCCAGCCCCGGUGCCGGCUCACGCUCCGUGACACCUUCCACCUACCCUUCGGUCGCAGCGCUCUCGUUUGGCGCGGACGACGCCUCGCUCUCCCACCUCUACACCAUUGUCGACGCUGCUGCACGUCGCGAUCCGCGCAGACGUCUACUCACUCACGCCUCCAUGUCGUCCAUCAGCUCUGCCACUUCACCCAUCCUCAACCAAUCGGCGCUCUUUGGCGGCACCGGAAGCAUCAGUGGCGGAUCCGGCUCACGUCCCGGAAGCAAACUCUCCUCCCACGCCGUCAGAUUGCAGGCUCUGUUGGAAGACGAAAGGGACGCACUGAAACCCGAACCAGGAGGACUGUUCGCUCCCAACAUGCCUUUCGUAGAGGACAAGAAGCUGAGGGAAGCCUACAGUGGCAUCAACCGACAGUUGGGCGAUAUCGACGAUAGCCUCGAUAGCCUGUUGGCCGACGUGAUCAGAAUCUUUUAA